AUGGGUAGUGGCAGAGAUUUGACAGAAGCUCAAAGAGGUGCAAUAAUUUAUGGUCAUCAAUGGGGAGAUUCUAUCUGCACCAUCGUGGCUACUGUAAAGUGCAGCAAAUCUGCUAUGUGGAACGUCAUAACAGAGUUUCGCUCAGUUGGUGCUGUUGCGGCCCAAAAAAAAAAAAGACAUGGACAUCCCAAGCACCUCUCCCCUACCAAAAGCAAAAAUCUGAAAAAACUAGUAACUGACGGUAACUGCUGUCUAAAUGUUGUCCAAAUUACUAACCUCCACAACAGCCAAAGCCAAAAAAAAAUUUCUACAAGAACUGUGCGUUGUGUUUUGCGCAGUGAAAAUUUGGGGUCGUGCGUCGCUGUUCUAAAACCGUUGAUUAUCCCAGAGAACAAACAAAAGAGAUAUGACUGGGCCCUGGAACAUGAAGCAUGGACUGUUCAGCAUUUUAGGCAUGUGUUGUGGUCAGACGAAAUCUCUAUUCGUCUCUUUCAAGGCUCCCCCGCUCGUGUUUGGCAUGAGUCUCAUGAAAAAUGGAACAUGGAUUGUUUAAGUGCGACUGUAGGCCAAAGUCAAAUUACUGGUGCCUCUCACAUUGAGCAAGAUAAUGCCAAACCUCACUUUGCAGAACUUGCAAAGUCAUUUAUGGCAAAAAAUCAGGUGUGGAGUGAAAUACCGCCUGAAUUAUGUCGUAGGCUAAUUAGUGGAAUGCCGGAUCAGGCUGCUGCUU